AUGAAGCAAAACCUAGUUUUCGCUGCAAGAUUAUCUCCGAUAAUCCUCCGUCCAAACAUGAAGAUCAUGAAAAAGAAACUGCCUUUGAAGAAGAUUAGUAGUAUCAUAGAGAUAACCGAAGCAUCCUUCGAAGCCUCUAAACCGAAAUCUUCACUAACCCACGACGGAGGAGGAGUUAUAGGCCUUGCUAUGAGUAGUAGUCUCAUAGAGAUAACCCAAGCAUCCUUCGAAGCUAAGAAAUCCUCAGCCGUAACCCACGACGGAGGAGGAGGACUAAGCAAUUCAUCGUCUUGGGUCAAAUCUCGGUUGCUUGGGAGAGGCGCUUACGGUUCGGUUUACCUAGCCAAGAGUAAAACCGAUGAAACAGAGAGAGCCAUCAAAACCGCAGAGCUUUCACGCGCUACAAGCCUCAUGGACGAAGCGAGGAUCUUAAUCCGUCUGAAUUCUCCAUACGUCGUCCGUUGCUACGACGCAGAGAUCGUUCGGGAAGAGAAUCAAUACAACUUGGUUCUCGAGUAUUGCUCAGGGAAAACGAUCGCCGACUUGAUCGAGGACAAUCACGGAGAGUUGCUUGAGUCUGAAGUUAAGCUCUUCGCUAGAGACAUCUUAUCUGGUCUCAAUUACAUACACGAUCGUGGCAUAGUUCACUGCGAUAUCAAGCCGGAUAAUCUCUUGCUCUGCCCUAUCAGUCUCCGGUUUAGAGCUAACGGUUAUUUGGCCAAGAUCGGAGAUUUCGGAUUAGCUAUGGAGAAAGGGUCGAUGGAGUACGGUGACGGUUAUGGCCACAAGAGAGGCACGACGAGAUACAUGUCUCCGGAGCUGAUGAGCCAUGGGAUGGUUGACUUUGGAGCGGAUGUGUGGGCUUUUGGAUGUUCUGUUCUGGAGAUGUUAAGCGGAGAAAUAGUUUGGGGAGAACAUGGCGAUCUCUGCUUUGAUGAUUGGGCCAAUAUCAUUGGUCACAGCGAUCUCAUGCCUCGUCAACCAGUUUGGUUGUCUACUCAAGCUAAAGACUUUUUGAGCAAGUGCUUGGAGAGAGAUGUUUACAAGAGGUGGUCUGCUCAUUCACUCGCCAACCAUCCGUUUGCUGCGCUUUGA